AUGUCACUAUCCAAUGAGGAGCUUGGCGAACACGUAGCGUCCUUAGAGCGCCUACUUCAAGGGAACCCUGCAGGCCAGACCGCUGCUCUCACGGACUACGUGCAUAAGCUCGCUGCGUUUGCAACAAGUGGGGACCGUGUACCCAUUGAGAAGACGCUACAACUCUUUGGAACCGCCGUUGGAGGCCGCAAGAGAUGGCAGGCUCCGUUCAGGGACAGCGGCCUUCUUGCGUUCGCUCUGCGGGGUUUGACCGCUGCCCGCGACGAUGAGUCUAUAGUGAAGCAAUGUCUGAGAGUCAUCGGUAAUUCUGUUGCCGACAAUGAUGCCAACAGAGAGCUCGCGGUGAGAGACAUACAGGCCAUCAUUAGCUGUCUCCAGUCAGCAGAGCUACGCCUGACUACACUGGCUGUACUUUUCAAUCUUUGCAACGACUUUGAUCCUGCCAAAGCCGCAGCAGCCACACUGAGACUGGAUGCCACGAUAACUACCUUCCUUGUUCUCGACAGGAUACCAGAGGCAGCGCUCGACUACGCUACAGAUCUACUCAGCUGGACUACGAGUAACCUAAACGAUGCUCAGUUUAAGGAUGAAGUAUCCCUCGAGACGUUCAAGAGCUUACUAAAUGUAGCACUCCAGUUUGAUGAAGACCAUUACCUCGAGUACAUCGCUAUUCUGGUACACUACCUCCAGGAUCCAGAGUUUCAGCAGGGAAUAGCAACACCAAAGCUUCUCGACGACCUCGUUAGUCUCAUGUUGGAGUUUGAGGCGCGGCUCCAGCCAGAGGAGAUUAAGGCUGUAUUCGAGGAACUCGCAACAAGCAAAAACACAGACAGCACUUCAUCAGACGAAGCACAGGUUCUCCUGAUGGCUCAGCUUAUUGGCAUGUUGUCUGCCGCCUCAGCAACCGAUAUCUUUUCACAAACCUUCAACAUCAGAAGCCCAGUCAUCGAAAGAAUGGAGGCCAAGUUACGAGCACCCUGGGAGAGUGCACAGCCUUCUACGAUAUGCGCUUGUGUCAUGAUGGGAAACUUGGCCAUGUCUGACGAAGUUUGCAUUGAUAUGGUCAAGAUCAUGGAGCUCCAUGUUCGCUUGAUUACGAUUAUGAAGAAGAGCGAUAAGCCCGCUCUUUUGUACGCUGCAGCGGGUAUCAUGCGACAUCUCACUUUUCCAGAAGCUAAUAGGGCUUUACUUGCAGAUGCCGGGCUUAUGGAAGCAUGCUGUCGCAUGCUCGUACUGGAAGAUCCUUCUGUUCGCGGCGAGGCGGCGGCCAUACUGUGCAAGCUCGUCACCGGCAACUUUUACAACAUUGAGAAAGUCAUGUAUGAGACAGUCGGACCUGACACGGAAGCAUCUGAUGCAGAUGUUUCAGCGGACACAGUAAUAUUCUCACACAUUGUCGAACAGGCCCUCGUCGCAUCCAAACCACUUCCCAGCACAACGAUGAAGAACCCCAUGAUUGAGCUUGGCCGCACCAUUGUCGCCAUGUUGCGCUACCUCGGACGACCAAAUGCAGAAAAAGAUGUCGAAGCAGUACAAAUACAGAUUUUACAGGUGCCCCAGAUCGCACGUCCAAUCGCCCAGCUCGUCCGUCAACGCUUUUACCCCGAAGCUAGAUCUGAAGGAUUACUUGGCCUAGGCUUACUGGCACAGACGCUGGAGGGCGCUGCUGCCAUCGCUGACGAGAUCAAGGAAGACAGUGGACUUCUUGAGAUUAUCAAAGAGCAUGCAAAUGCAACAGAAGAGGGUCUUGCGCAGCAAAACCCCUCAACGGCCAGUAGAGACCACCAGAACGCGAUUGUGCUGCUCCAAGCGCUGCAGAACAAUGCGGUAAGAGAACUCCAAGAAGCCGUUGGGGAGGUACUAAGGACUUCCAGGCUGACCAAAUGGACGCAAUACUCGCGCAUUAGGCAGUCACUGUCAAAGCAUCAGCGGGAUAGUUCGAUACGAAGAACUUCGGGUGACACGAGCGUGCUGAGUAGCCCUUCGAGAGACUCGCCAGGACGAGUCAGGGAGUUGGCAAGAAGGGCUACAGAGUCUCCAAGAGGGGUAUCUGCAAGACCGAGGGGCUCCACGUUUGUCGGAGAGCUGAGAGACGAACGGCCGCGGACACCGGUGAGGGUGCGGGAUGCGAUUGGAGAAUUUGAGGAGAUCUCUCCAAAGACAGUGGUCAAGGAAUUGCCAGCUCGGGAACGGCUAAAGGGGAAAGGGAUGAAACGCAGUAACACAAUGCCGACUUCAUGA